AUGCCCAUCUCCUUUGCCUCAGCAGGAUUUUCUGGCGAUGACUCCCCUCGCCUGGUUAUUCCUGCCUUUUAUGGUAUCUCUAGCAAUGCCGAGAAUAUGAAUGUUGACUCUGAGCCGCAGCCGUGUAUUUCGCAAGCUGUAGCGUCAAAUGUCUCUUUUGCAUCGGGCCUCAAAAAUGGGAUCAUCAAGCUAUCAUUUGACGCCAAUAACAGAUAUCACGUGGGCGACUUGCAAUUAAACUGCUUGCGCGCUGGGAUGGAGGUGAAACAUAUGUUUUCGCAAGGAAAGGGCACCUCUUUGGUGGUCAAUUUGGGCCAUCAAGUUGCCUCUGUUACGCCCAUCAUUGACGGAUAUGUGCUACACAACGUCUCAUUCAAUGAGAGAAAGUUUGGCGGGCAAUAUGUCACGCAACUGUUGACCGAGUUUCUUUCGCGGGAUCUGGGCAUAAGUGUUUCCAUUCCUCAACAGAUCAUAUCCAAAGAAAAGGUCGAAUUAAUGACACCUCCCAAGGCAGUUUUGAAGCCAAUAGACAAAUGCGAAGAAUCUCUGCUGCUCUUUUUGAAAGAGGUUGCUUUAUGGUCUCUUUUCCUAGAAUGUGAUAGAAGACAUAAAAAUGUCCAUCGCUCAUGUUUCGGAUUUGCCACAAUUUGA